GAGUCCAUCAAGAAGUACAAUACUAGAGAAAGUAAAAUAGAGGGUGCAUCCUUGUCUCUCUGAUUGCCCGGAGGGACGAGGACGACGGCAUAAACUUAUCCAACACGAUUACAAUCGUUACCCCUGGCAGCAGAUAGAGAAAAUUACACGAAUUUCCCAUAUUUUCCAUUAGGAGGCUCUCGAUACAAUCUUCCUAGAGAAGACAAUAUUGAUUAUCCAGAAAGCAAGAAUUGGUAGGAGGGUCGGUAUCUGGCCAGUCAAUAGUUGAACAAAAAAAUGUGGCUACCGAGAGAGCAACCCGAGAAGCGAGGAACAAAUGGAUUGGUGGCUGUGGCGAUCGACAAGGACCGUGGGAGCCAAAAUGCGCUGAAAUGGGCGGUUGACCAUCUCCUUGGGAAGGGUCAGACACUGUUGCUCCUCCACGUCAAGCUUCGGGAUCCCUCGGUUUCUCCUGCCCCCCGGCCUGAUAUCCUGACCUCAGGCGAUUCACUAGCCGGAAAAGACAUUGACCCGCAAACAAGGGAAAUCUUCCUUCCAUUUCGAUGCUUCUGUUCACGAAAAGAUAUACAAUGCAAAGACAUAGUACUAGAAAACACUGACGUAGCAAAAGCUCUAAUAGAAUAUGUUUCCAAGACUGCAAUCGACCAUCUGGUGGUUGGCGCCCCUGCAAGAUCUGCGUUUCUCAGGUUUAAGUCGACAGAUAUCUCAGCCAACUUGACUAAAGGUGCGCCCGACUUCUGUAAUGUGUAUGUCAUAUCGAAGGGAAAAAUAAGUUCCAUGCGCUCGGCUUCUCGACCAGCCCCACCCAUCUCAUCUAUGCGUGAUCAGAUUCUUAGCCAGUCGGUAGCAAGAGCAAGUCAGAUCGAUCCUCGGAUCCCCCAAGCUAAUAGCAUGAGAGCAGUUGUAAAGCAAGCAGUGGAGCAACCCAAUAUUCCAAAUAAUCAGGAAUCGGACUUCUUUAGGUCACCAUUCACCAGAGGGAGAGCUGCCAAUGGCAGAUUGUACGGGGAAGUCAGUAUGCCCGACAGUGAUAUAUCCUUUGUCUGUAGCUCAGGCAGACCAAGCAUCGAUCAGAUUUUCCCAUCGCUCUAUGACGGCCUUGAUAGCGGGAGGUCCCCUCGACUCUCAAGCUUGUCCGACAUGGACUUUGACAUUGCUUCAUUGCCACGGAGGUCGGCGGAUAGUUACUACAUGAACGAUUUCUCAUCAUCUGCAUCUGGCGGACAAGACAGCGAGAGAUUAUCUGUGUCCUCGUCAUCUUACAUGGAUGAUACAGAAGCUGAAAUGAGGAGGCUAAAGUUGGAGCUUAAACAGACAAUGGAAAUGUACAGCACAGCCUGCAAAGAAGCAAUUUCCGCAAAACAAAAGGCGGAAGAGCUCCGGUGCUGGAAAAUGGAAGAGCAAAGGAAACUCGAGGAGGCCCGACUGGCCGAGGAAGCAGCGUUGGCUAUCGCAGAGAAGGAGAGGGCAAAAUCCCGGGCUGCAAUUGAGGCUGCUGAGGCUGCCAGGAGGAUCGCUGAGCUGGAAGCACAGAAGAGAAUGACCGCAGAAAUGAAGGCCCUCAAGGAGGCAAAGGAGAAGAAGAAAUUCCUCGACAAGAUCACACGGGGUGGUAAUAUGAGAUGCAGGAAGUACAAGAUAGAUGAGAUCGAGGCUGCGACAGAAUACUUUGCGCAGUCUCACAAGAUCGGGGAAGGAGGUUAUGGGCCCGUGUUCAGGGGUUACUUGGAUUACACGAGUGUGGCCAUCAAGGUUCUCCGCCCGGAUGCUGCCCAGGGGCGAUCACAGUUCUUGCAAGAGGUGGAGGUGCUAAGCUGCAUUAGGCAUCCUAACAUGGUACUACUCCUGGGAGCUUGUUCCGAGUACGGAUGCCUGGUCUAUGAGUACAUGGCCAAUGGGAGCUUGGAAGACCGCCUUCUCUGUCGAGGGGGCACCUCUCCCCUUUCCUGGCAGCUCCGGUUCAAGAUUGCUGCCGAGAUCGGCACUGGCUUAUUGUUCCUCCACCAGACUAAACCCGAGCCUUUAGUCCACAGGGACCUGAAGCCUGGCAACAUCCUUCUCGACCGCAACUUUGUGAGCAAGAUUGCUGACGUCGGGCUUGCCAGGCUAGUCCCACCCUCCGUGGCUGACACUGUGACGCAGUACAGAAUGACAUCAACUGCCGGCACAUUCUGCUACAUCGACCCCGAGUAUCAGCAAACAGGCAUGCUGGGCGUGAAGUCGGAUAUCUACUCCCUUGGAAUCAUAUUCCUACAGUUGUUGACAGCCAGGCCCGCCAUGGGACUGACCCACCAUGUCGAACGGGCGAUUGAGGACGGGACCUUCGCCAGCAUGUUGGACCCGACAGUGCCAGACUGGCCAGUGGAAGAGGCAGUGAGCUUCGCUAAGUUGGCUCUAAAGUGUGCAGAGCUAAGACGGAACGACAGGCCAGAUCUAGGGAAUGUUAUCCUGCCAGAACUCAAGAGACUGAGGGCCCUUGGGGAAGAAGACAUAUUGCAACAGCCGCUAUCGACCACCGGCAAGUGCACCAUGCUGAGCCAGAGCCAGAGCCAGAGCCAGAGCCAAAGCCAAGUCUCAUUGCAGCUGGAGUUGAUGAGUCCCCCAUCAGGAAGAUCAGUUGAAAGCUGGACUAACCCAAUUUGAGGUGGAAAGAUAUUCACAGCAAGAAACAGAGAUUUUGUUAUAAUAUUUCUUAUCCAAAUUGACACGGAGAACUCAGAGGCGGGAUCCAGUGAUCCACCUCAGUGAGAUGCUUCGGAACCCGAAAGGCUUAGGCAUCCAUAGAGACCUGUCCAAUCAUUGGAUUUCUUCUGAAGUCGGGAAGGAUGAAUUCACUUGUAUGUAGUCGAGCAUUCUCCGAGCUCAAUCUGAUCGGAGUAUAGGACUUCUGGAUGCACUUGUUAUCCUCCUCCCUUUCCACCAUUUGUUUUGGUGAGUGGAGCAAAGCUGCAAAGAAAAAGGCAGCCCAAGUAGAUUUUGUGAAUUUCACAGUUUGUCAAUUGAAUUU